CUUUUUAUAUUUGCAGGGGACCUUUGCAAUAUCGAGCAAGAUCAAGAACUGCAUUGCAAGUUCACUUAUGAAGAUUUGGGGAUUGUUGAAGUCUCUGGAGGUGUAAAGCCUCCAAGUGGAAUGUUGGGUCCUGCCAACUUGACACUUACCAUCAAUGUAGUUUCACAUCAGUUGAAAUGGGAGCAUGAUUUUCCAGUGUGCCAUGGCAAAAAUGUGAUCCGCAUUCCAGGGGUGACGGUGUAUGAGUUUCCAGUUGUGAUGAGAAUGGAAUUCGAACCAGACAUAUCUCAACCCCACAUUGACAACACCAAGGCAAUACUUGCUUCUGGUUACUUAGAAGGAGAGAAUGGAGAGAGGAAGCACCUUUUCCUGAGGUCAAGCUUCUUGCCCAAGUGGGACCAAUUGAAUCUCGAGAAGAUUCCACUGUGUAUAAAUGAAAGUAUUCCAGAUCUCCAAUCACGCCUGGUGAACAUAGAAUCCCAGCUUCCAGAUCUCUGGUCACACUUGGCAAACAUAUCAUCCCAUCUUCCAGAUCUCCAGUCACGCCUGACAAAUGUAGAACCCCAGCUUCCAGAUCUCCAGUCACGCCUGGCAAACGUAGAAUCUCAGCUUCCAGAUCUCCAGUCACACCUGGCAAAUGUGGAAUCCCAGCUUCCAGAUCUCCAGUCACACCUGGCAAAUGUGGAAUCCCAGCUUCCAGAUCUCCAGUCACGCCUGGCAAACGUAGAAUCUCAGCUUCCAGAUCUCCAGUCACACCUGGCAAAUGUGGAAUCCCAGCUUCCAGAUCUCCAGUCACACCUGGCAAAUGUGGAAUCCCAGCUUCCAGAUCUCCAGUCACGCCUGGCAAACUUAGAAUCUCAGCUUCCAGAUCUCCAGUCACACCUGGCAAAUGUGGAAUCCCAGCUUCCAGAUCUCCAGUCACGCCUGGCAAACAUAGAAUCUCAGCUGAUUAGUCUGAAAUCAGACAUGACAACGAAUCAUAUUUUGGCAGUAAUUGCCAUCACAGUCAUGGUGGCACUGGAACUUUUCCAUUUCACUGGAAUAGUUUCCUCUUGGUUCAAGAAGACUGCACAAAAUCAGGUAAGAAAACAUUUGAACCCUUUUUCACCUAUCCCA